CUGAUUUGAGGGCGACCUGCGCAAUUAAAACCAAAGCUGUAAUUACGCCUGCGCCUUGCGGAGGUGGUGGCUGUUGGUGUUGGGGAAUUAAUCGGACAGUCUUACCGCGCCAAACAGCUCAAGGGGGAACUCGAAUUCUUGAGAAAAGUCAGAUGCGCCAAAUAUCAGCCCUACUUAAGAUCUGAAUAAACGUAAUCAUAAUAAUCGAAUUCACAUAACACAGCUAAUGAAUCUCUCUCUCAUCUCUGUCUUUCUGGCGUGCAUCGUUGUCCACCAAGAGUUUGUACAUUUAAAGAGGAGGCUCGCAAACAUAAUUUCUGCUUUGAGCCCCCAAAACGGUGUGUUCUUAGGUUGCUUAAACCGACAUCUGUGUGUUUAAGCACACCCGAUAUAAAUGGCCAAAACAGCAGUCCUAAACAAUCGCUGCAACUCUCUCUUCUAAGUUACAUGCAUAUAAGGCGGUGUACUUGGACUGGAAGUCUACGUUCGUUUAUUGCUGCCUGAGGAUUUCAUUCGGAGUGUUAUUGUUUUAAUCCCUCAUGCGGUUGCAAUGAGCUUGGUCGAUUGUAGCGCCGCGAGACGCGUUUGGAGUUAUUUGUUUGCAUGGAGGGGGGGGGGGAUUGCUAUUGAGAAAGCAGUGGAGCGUGAAAGCUGGAAAAGUCUGGAAGGGGGAGUUGGCUAUUUUUUUUUUAAAGACUCGCACCUCCGAUUAGCACGCUUGGCUACUUAGGGUGCAAAAGAAGUUCAACAUCUUUUUAUUUUAUUUUACUACGGUGGGCCCACUGAGCUUUCUAUCUCUUUUUUCAGAACGCAGUACAUGCAUACAUUUUUCAGAUUGUUACAUUGUAUCCUUGGUGAAAUGCAGUUUUAUGUGAUGCGACUAGAAACUUGGGGCUUGUUUUUAGUUUUGUAUGCGCAGAUAUCCGGCGGGAGGUCAAUGUUUCGUACAUGAAAUACGAACAAUAUAAAUGUAGAAUUACAGAGUGGGCAUAUUAAUGACACAUUCAAUGAUGAAACAGCAACCUUACAUUGCACACACACAAAUUUUGUGUUCAAUCUAAAACAUUGUAAAAAACAUAACUUGGACAGCUGUAUUAACCAAGCCUAAUGGGUAGCACUCGACGUUGAUAACAUUUAGUGAAGCCCGUGUAUUGAAUUAAUUAGCUGUGUGAUAAUUAAUGUGGGUAAUUAGUAAUAAGCGCACUCAUUACCAAAGUAUUCGAUCCACUGUUGUCGUCUACAUAUCACAGUUCAAGGUUAUGCACGAAUGAAGUUGGCUUCAUUAUCUUUUACAUAGCCGUGCUUACCUACGUAAUAAAUCUAAUUCCUAAGAUACUUUUAAUGUAUCGGGAAAAAAUACAAUCGAUAACAGGGUCGAGGUUUUUGAACCUAAGUAUACUUCGUAAUAUAACUUUAAGCAUUGGUCAUGACCUUUCUCAAACUAAGUACUGUGUUGAAUUUACAAAUGCGUGUUGUUGUGCAGUUUUGUAUGCGUGUUAGCUAUUGUCCAAUCAUCCCCAGGUUAAAUGGUUAGCAAAUGACGUUUCAUUAUUAUACACAGUUUUAAAAAAAAAUGUGUUUAAACCCAAAUUUUUAAUUCGCCCGAUGACAUUUUUUUUGCAAAAGCGAUGCGUGGGCAAUUUACCUGCUUCAAUAAAGGCAAUCAGUAAAGAUAGCCUAAGCUUGAAGGGCACCCAAAUCUUUUGUCGUACCUUCUGUUGCGAUGUAACGACAAUAUUUGUUUCAAGCAUGUUUUAGUAAAGAACGAUGGUGAGAAACGCAUAUCGGUGUGCUCGUGACAAUGUAAAUGUGUUUUUUUUAACAAACAAGUUGCAAGAGAAUGCACUACUGUACUAACUCUAAGUUGAACUUAUUUAAUCUCCAUCCACACGAAAAGCAACGCAAGAUAAUGUAUGAUUAUAUAUGUUUAAAAUAUAAGUACUGUAAUAAGGAGAGCGGACGACUUGAAAGAAGCCCAUUUGGUUUACAGUAUAUUAGUCAUGCCUUACAUCACAUAUCAAAUUAAAGGCGAUGCAGCAAAUCGUAUUUCUAAGCGAGGAAACCGGAGGUCUGUGCCAAGUAUGUUUUUUUUUUCUUUACGCAAUUUAACUGUGCCACUUAGCAUUCAUCGUGAAACGGGUGUCUCAAGAGACCGUGUGACCACGCAGGUUCACAAUCAUUGCCAGGUGUCUGAAGCCAUGUGCAUGCAGUACCUACGCAAAAUAACGCGAGUUGGUUAUUCUCAUUAUGAUUGCUAUAUUGUGAGGCGCGGUCGGCAAAAAAAGAGCUCGCUUCAUAUUGCCUGCAGGUGGCAUUAGGUGAGCGUAUUACGACAAAAAAUACGGGUAUCGUGAAAUAUUGGAACAAGAGAAAUGAGUAGGGAAUGCGCUUUAAGUGGCAUUCGUUGCAAUUGUAAAUCAAAGUUAUAGACAACGUGCUGAAAAGUUUGAGUCAAAUGUCGAUGACGUCUGUGUAACCCAAAACAGAAUGCCCGUUUUUGUUGUCUCUACACAUCGACAGAAAGAAAACUUACUAUUGAGACAAAUCGGGUUUGCCGGGAAGCUGCUUUUGUAUGUUUCAGUCAAGCCAGCCACCCACCUCACAGAUCUGCUAUCCCUAUUGCCGGGCUACAGCGCACUCAGAAAAGCACGAGGAACCCAGGCUGACACCGAGCAGCUCUUAAAGUACGGGAUUUCCCGGCUGACGCACACUUAAUGGCAUCAACCCGGCUUCUCUCUUUGUGUUUACUCUGUCUGUCCGCAGAUUGCCAGGUCCAACGUUACGAUGGGUGGUACAACAACCUUGAUAACAUUCACUGGGGAAGCACAGGGAGCAAGCUGCUGCGCCUCGCUCCGGCAUCAUUUGCCGAUGGCGUCUACCAGAUGUGGGACAAUCCCACGGUGCCCAACGCACGCCGCUUGAGCAGCAGCGUCAUGCGGGGAGAGAGCGGCCUUCCCUCGGCCCUCAACCGCACCGUGCUGGCCGUCUUCUUCGGUCAGCACAUUGUGGAUGAGAUCGUCGACACGCGACAGGUGGGGUGUCCGGCCGAGUUUCUCAACAUCCCCAUCCCGUGGAAUGACACGGCCUUCUCCAACAGCCCCUACCACGUGCUGCCCUUUCAGCGCAGCCAAUGGUACAAGAGCACCGGCUCUGCCCCAAACAACCCCAGGAUGCCGGUGAAUAAGGUGACGUCGUGGCUUGACGGCAGCGCGAUAUACGGUUGUUCGAGGAGUUGGUGUCACGCACUGCGCACGUUUGACAGAGGGAUGCUGAAAAGCAGCGAGAAUGGCUCCCUUCCCGCUGUCAGCGACCGUUCUCUGCGGCUCAUCGAUGCCCCUUCCCCAUCCUACAAAGCGGGCAGCUCGGGGCACAGCAACCUCUACGAGUUUGGAAAUUCACGAGGAAAUGAAAGCCCUUUCCUGAAAGCCAUCGGCACGGUGUGGCUGCGCUACCACAACCACUUGGCGGAAAAAAUGCGCCAAGAAAACCCAGAAAUGUCUGACAAGGAGCUCUUUAUAAACGCACGUAAAUGGGUCGUGGCAGUGUAUCAGAACAUUGUCCUCUACGAAUGGCUGCCUGCAAUGCUUGGGAAGAACAUGGCGGAAUACAAAGGGUAUAAGCCCCACGUGAACCCCAGCAUUUCGGUGGAGUUUCAGGCCGCCGCAAUGAGGUUUGGCCACACUAUGGUGCCCCCGGGAGUUUACAAGAGGGAUGAUUCUUGCAAUUUUAAGCCAUCUGAUCCAAAGUCUGAAUAUAAUGCAAGCCGUAUGUGCAACAACUACUGGACCAAGGAGGUUUUCCGAUCAGGACAUGAAGUUGAUGAAUUCGUGCUCGGAAUGGCUUCUCAAAUUGCCGAACAGGAAGAUCAUGUCAUUGUUGAGGACCUCCUAGACAGCAUGUACGGCCCUAUGAAGGCUUCCCGUCUGGACCUCAUGGCCAUUAACAUCCAACGUGGACGGGACCACGGAUUGCCCAGCUACGUUAAUAUGCGGAAAGCCAUGAACUUGGACCCAAUCACCAAGUGGGAAGAUAUCAAUCCCACGCUUAGUCAAAAAAACCCAGAGGUGAUCGAGCGACUGAAGCAGGUCUAUAACGGUGACAUCUCCCGUCUGGAGCUGUGGCCGGGGGGGCUAUUGGAGUGCCAGGGGGGGCCUGGGCCCCUGUUCUCGCGCAUCCUCGUCGAUCAGUUUGAGCGCAUCCGCGACGGGGACCGCUUCUGGUUUGAGAACACCAACAACGGGAUGUUCACGAAGUCGGACGUGGAAGCUGUUCGAAGGACGAAAUUCUCGAGUGUCCUGCAAGCCGUGAUGAGGGUCAAUAACCGCACCAUCCAGGAUGAAGUGUUCUUCUGGAGAGCCGGAAACCCUUGCCAGCAGCCCAAGCAGCUUGCCGUGAGCGACCUGGAGCCAUGCACGCCCCCGGAGACCAUUGACUAUUUCUCAGGAAGUACGGGCAGCUUCGCAGCCACCAUCGUGGCCCUUCUGCUGCUGCCUGUAGUGUGCAUUUUAGUGUUGUGCCUCGUGUCGCGCCAACGGAAGAAAAGCUUUGAAAAAAUGAAAGAUCAGCAGCAGCUGAAGACGGGAAAGAAGCCCGGAGCAGAUGGAAUUCGUGCCAGCGAAUGGCAGGGCAAGAAGGAACCCCUGCGGGACGUGCGGUUGAGAUUCGACGACGCGGGAUCGAUCAAGGUGCUGGACUGCGCGGGGGCCCUGCUGCGAAGCCUGGAGGUGAAGGCCCUGUCCGGCGUGGAGCUGCUCUUGGCCAGCGACAGGGGCAACCUGCUGCUGGUGCACGUGCCCAAAGAGUACGACCUGGUCCUGUUUUUUGAUUCCGAUUUACAGCGAACUAGAUUUCAAGAAGAUUUGGAUACAUUCUUAAGACAAUUUGAGCGUCACUUCAUUUCCAAAUCCGGUGGCAAUGAAAAGUUGCUGCUCAUGAAUGCAGUUACAAAAGAGCAACGGCAACUCAUACUGGAGACAUACUUCAGAAAGAUCUUUGCAAAGGUUUUGCAGAUUGAAUCAUUUGGACCACAAGAUGAGCUGGAUGUGAGCGAUGAGCAGGUGAACGAGUCACCAGUGAAGUGUGAGCUGUCCCCCAGUGAGCUCGGGGACUUGUUAGGCCUUAAACCCGACUCUACUUUCCUGCAACACAUGUUCCGUCUGGCGGAUGGAGACAAGAAUGGCUACCUGUGCUUCAGCGAGCUGCUAAGCGUGCUGCUAGUCUUCAUCAAAGGAACUGCUGAGGCCAAAUCUAAGCUGAUGUUCCGUAUGUACGAAGUCAGCCAAACUGGCUUCAUGACGAAGGAAGAAUUUGAAUCUAUGCUUAGGUCGUUUCUGGAGUUGUCCGAUUACAGUUUGCCAAAGGAGGAGGAGGACAGCAUCAUGGACUCGGUGUGCAGCGAGUACGGCCUCAACGGCAAAACAGAAUUCACCUGGGAAGACCUGCACAAGCUCUUGAAUGAGCACUACCAUGAUGCCAGCAACCUGCAAAUUCACGUCGCUGGGAUGCACGUGCCAAAGACCAAGAGAAUCGAGCACACCAUCUCCUUCAUCCACCAUCGCAAAUCGCACGAUGGUUCUAAUGCUGGGAGAGUCGCUGAUAAACAAGAUGAGAAUCCCGCAGAGUCUUCGCACAGACAGACAAACAGCCCGCGAGGCCGCUUGUUUACUGAAGCCCGGCGUCAACGCUACAAUCGAAGCAAGCUGGGGCAGUCGAUGCAGGCCGUCAAGCGCUACGUGGAAAACUACCGCCGCCACAUCUUCUGCAUGGCCAUCUUCUACGGAAUCAUGGCUGGCGUCAUGGCCGAGCGCGCCUACUAUUACGCAGUUGGCGCAGAGCACUUUGGGAUCCGGCAGGUGACGGAGGUGGGGAUCAUCCUGUCGCGCGGCACGGCGGCCGGGAUUUCAUUCUGCUACUCGUUCAUCCUCCUCACCAUGUGCCGGAACAUCAUCACGGCGCUGCGCGAGACGGCGCUCAACCACUACAUACCCUUCGACUCGGCCGUGGAAUUUCACAAAAUCAUCGCAAUGACCGCCGUCAUUCUGUCCAUCCUGCACAGCAUUGGGCAUGUUGUGAACGUGUACCACUUCUCAGUGCUGCCACUGAGCGUUCUGUCCUGCCUCUUCCCAAACGUGUUUUUCAAUGACGGGUCCGAGAUGCCUAAAAAGUUCUACUGGUGGUUUUUUCAAACAAUACCGGGUAUGACAGGUGUGCUGAUACUGGCGGUGCUUGCAGUCCUGUACAUAUUCGCCAGCCGCUUUGCCCGCAGUCACACCUUCAAUGCCUUCUGGAUAACCCACCAGCUGUACAUCCUGCUCUAUGUUUUGACCAUUCUGCAUGGCAGUGUUGGCCUCAUCCAGAAGCCUAUGUUCUACGUAUACUUUCUGCCACCAGCUCUUAUAUUCCUGGGCGACCGUCUCUUGAGCCUGAGCCGACGCAAGGUGGAGAUCACUGUGCUCAAGGCUGAGCUUCUUCCCUCAGGAGUGACACACCUGCAAUUCAAGCGCCCGCAGGGAUUUGAGUACAAGUCUGGGCAGUGGGUGCGCGUGGCCUGCCUUACCCUGGGCCGGAGCGAGUACCACCCUUUCACGCUCACGUCCGCACCCCAUGAGGGUACCCUGAGCAUCCACGUGCGUGCUGCGGGCCCAUGGACCACCCGCCUUCGUGAAGUCUACUCUUCAAAGAGCAUCAGCAGUGAUGGAUGCUUCUCCAAGGUAUACCUGGACGGUCCAUUUGGAGAGGGCCACCAGCACUGGAAUGACUUUGAGGUGUCUGUGCUGGUGGGAGGGGGCAUUGGCGUCACCCCGUUUGCUUCCAUCCUGAAGGAUGUCGUCUACAAGUCUUCCAUUAACGCCAGGCUCAUUGCCUGCAGAAAGCUGUACUUCAUUUGGGUGACACGGACCCAGAGGCAGUUCGAGUGGUUGACGGACAUCAUCCAGGAGGUGGAAGAAAACGACAAGAACGACUUGGUGUCCAUCCAUAUCUACAUCACGCAGUUCGCGGAGAAAUUCGACUUGCGCACAACUAUGCUGUACAUCUGCGAGCGUCACUUCCAGAAGGUGUCCAACCGCAGUCUGUUCACGGGCCUUCGCUCCAUCACGCACUUUGGCCGCCCGCAGUUUGUGCCCUUCCUAAACUCCCUGCAGAAACUGCACCCAGAGGUUGGAACGGUCGGCAUUUUUAGCUGCGGCCCUCCGGGCCUCACGAAGACCGUUGAGAAGUCUUGCCGCCAGCUGAACCGCUGCGAUCAGGCCCGCUUUGUCCACCAUUACGAGAACUUCUGAUUUCACCUUCUUUGGUUCUUUCGGUAAAGUCACGUAGAAUGAGAAUAAAAUAAUAAAUUGAUAAAAUAAAA